UGACAUCAAAGCCCUUCUGCAGGAGGGUGGAAGGCUCCCCUCACUUCUGGAGACACCACUUGGUGGCACAGCAAAGGCAAUACAGCCUCUUUCCAUGGAUCUGCUGCCAAUGGCCCACUCGGGCCCUCGGAAGAAGAGACCCAGGCAGACGGGUACCUCGAUGGCCUCCACUUCUCAUGACAUCAAAUUUCAAGAUUUGGUCCUCUUCAUUUUGGAGAAGAAAAUGGGUACCACCCGCAGAGCAUUCCUCAUGGAGCUGGCCCGAAGGAAAGGGUUCAGGGUUGACAAUGAGCUCAGUGAUUCUGUCACCCACAUUGUAGCAGAGAACAACUCAGGUUCAGACGUUCUGGAGUGGCUUCAGGUACAGAAAAUAAGAGCCAGCUCGCAGCUAGAGCUCCUCGAUGUCUCCUGGCUGAUCGAAUGUAUGAGAGCAGGGAAACCGGUGGAGAUGACAGGAAAACACCAGCUUGUCGUGAAAAGAGACUAUUUAGCUAGUCCCAACCCAGGCCCCCAGAAGACUCUGCCACUUGCUGCACAGAAGAUCUCGCCAUAUGCGUGUCAGAGAAGAACCACAUUAAACAACUGUAACCACAUGUUCACGGAUGCCUUUGAGAUACUGGCUGAAAAUUAUGAGUUUAGAGAAAAUGAAGACUCCUAUCUGGCAUUUAAGAGAGCAGCUUCUGUACUGAAAUCUCUGCCAUUCACAAUCAUCAGCAUGAGGGACACAGAAGGAAUUCCCUGCCUGGGGGACAAUGUGAAGUGUGUCAUAGAGGAAAUCAUUGAAGAUGGAGAAAGUUCUGAAGUUAAAAAUGUGUUAAAUGAUGAACGAUAUCAGUCCUUCAAGCUCUUUACUUCCGUAUUUGGAGUGGGGUUGAAGACAUCUGAGAGAUGGUUCAGGAUGGGUUUCAGAACUCUGAGUACAAUAAGGUCGGACAAAAGCCUGAAAUUUACACGAAUGCAGAAAGCAGGAUUCCUCUAUUAUGAAGACCUUGUCAGCUGUGUGACCAGGGCAGAGGCAGAGGCGGUCAGCGUGCUGGUUAAAGAGGCUGUCUGGGCUUUUCUUCCUGAUGCCUUAGUCACCAUGACAGGAGGUUUCCGGAGCCAGGGAUUACUUUUAUACCAUGACCUUGUAGAGUCGACAUUUGAAAAGCUCAAGUUGCCUAGCAGGAAUGUGGAUGCUUUGGAUCAUUUUCAAAAGUGCUUUCUGAUUUUAAAAUUGGACCAUCAGAGAGUGGACAGUGACAAGUCCAACCAGCAGGAAGGAAAGACCUGGAAGGCCAUCCGGGUGGACCUGGUCAUGUGUCCCUAUGAGUGCCGUGCCUUCGCCCUGCUGGGAUGGACUGGCUCCCCGCAGUUUGAGCGAGACCUCAGGCGCUAUGCCACGCAUGAGCGGAAGAUGAGACUGGAUAACCACGCUUUAUAUGACAAAACCAAGAGGAUAUUUCUCAAAGCAGAAAGUGAAGAAGAAAUUUUUGCACAUCUGGGAUUGGAUUACAUUGAACCAUGGGAAAGAAAUGCCUAGGAAAAAGUUGUCAACAUUUUUUCCUGCCUUAUUUUUCAGGUUAAAUAAAUCAUGCUUCAUAUUAGUAAGGAGCCUUAGGAGAGAGUUCAGGAUUCUCUAGGUCUUAUUGAAAUGCAGAUUGCUCCUAGAAAUAAAUAGCUUUAGAAACACGAUAAGGCGCCACCUGGUGAUGAGUUAUGUUCUGAUAGACCAUUUGCAUGACUGCUGCGUAGCAUUCACAGUACAUUUUUCAGUAGGAAUGGUGUUGUCCUUAGUGGCUUAUCCACGGAAGCUCAUGCAAGCCCACUCUGCCCACCGUGUAG